CCUAUGCGUGGCGGCGGUGUACGCAAGGUGUAACGAGUAAAAAGUCGAGGAGUACAUCCUUUUUGUUUAUCUCCGGGAUACGCAAAGAGACGUUUUCGUCUUCUUCUUCUUCUCUUCUGGGUCUUAUUGGCUGUUGCUUCCCUUUUUCACCGGCAUUUGCGCAUCAGAGAAGUCGAUGUUUUAUUCAAGUGAUGCUGUUCAUACCCUUAAAAUUUAUCAGAGAGGUGGGUGAGUGUUUUUGCUUUGAUACAAAUAGUUUCUGUCAUUUAGAAGAUCAGACAUCAUAAGUUUAUUCAAAAACAGUCCCUCGUUGUGUUCUAAGUCCCUCGCCAUGGCCUCGAAACUGUUUCAUAUUUCUCCACACCAAGCUGAAAACCUAACUGAAAUAUCCCUUAGAGAAGCUUUUCAACUUCUUGAGACUCAAUUAAGACCCCCAUUUUCAUUAAAAAUACCUUCUCCAUCAGAGUACUUGGAGCUCAAUAGGGCUAUUGUUUAUGGGAUUUUAACAGAACCUCACUUUGCCAGUGUCCAUAUUACACAUUUGAAUGCCAUUGUCAUAGAUGGGUACGCUUCUGCUUUGAAUUUGAUUUUGAAGUUAGUGUAUGAAUCCUAUUCUAAACUUCUAGAACCGGUGAAAUUAAAUCUAAUUUGGGUUACUUCAAAGCUAGUUGAAGUUUCAGCUGUUGGCAUUGAUAAUUUGGUGGUUGGUUUAUUGAGACAAAUAGUUGGGGGUGAUGUCAGUGAUGGGAAUUUGUGGUUAUGUAUGGAAUUGCUUAAGCUUUGCUUGGAUAAGUUUGAGAUUUUAUCAGAAGAACCUUUGAUUCUUACAAGUGCUUUAUAUACAUAUCUUCGAUUAUUAGCCGACCAUUGUAGGUUAUCUGGUAAUCAGAAGUUAGAGAACUUGAAAAAAUUGGAGAUUGAUUUUUGUGUUAGAAUGUUGAGGAAGCAUUUUCAGAUAUGUUUACGAAUUGGCAGGGAUUUAGUUCGUCUUUUACAAGAUCUGGUUUAUGUUCCUGAAUUUCGAGCUGUAUGGAAAGACUUGCUAUCCAAUCCGCUUGAAUUUAGAACUCCAGAGUUUUCAGAUAUCUCACAACUGUAUUGCUUAAGAACAUCAAGCAGGUACUUUUUACUUCGGAUUUCGCCAGAGAUGGAAACCCAGUUGAGCUUCUUACUGACUUAUGUGAGAUGGGGUCAUCAGAAACGUUACCAGGAAUGGUUUGCGAGGAAAUUCUUAUGCAGGGAUGAAUGUGACAGUGUUAUUUGUGACAUUGUUAGGUUUAUAUGUUGUGCUCAUCACCCACCUAAUGAAAUUAUCCAGUCUGAUGUGAUUUCACGAUGGGCAGUUAUUGGCUGGUUACUCAAAUGCUGUAGAAAAAAUUAUACCGAAGCAAAUACAAAGUUGGCCUUAUUCUAUGAUUGGUUAUUCUUUGAUGAAAGAACUGACAAUGUUAUGAACAUUGAGCCUGGGAUCUUGUUGAUCAUGAAUUCGGUACCUAGAUACAUUGAUAUGACUCGGACCCUUAUCGAGUUCAUGAUUUUACUCAUGGAUAACUAUGAUGUUCAGCGGAAGAAUCUCACAGUUCGGGGUCUCUCAACAGCUUUCCGUGUACUUCUCAAGAAGGGAGUGGUACAAUCAUUAGACGCUUUAACUUCAAGCAGUUUAAUAUCUCCCCUACUCAAGCAGAGGCUUGCAUUUGUCGUUUCUGAUUCAAACUCAGAGGCCAUUCUAUAUUGUUCUUUACAACCAUCAAGUGAGCCGAAUCCAGCCAAUGUGGAGUCUGAAACAUUAUUAUCAGGUGAUUCACAUUUGGAAAGCUGUGUGCAGAAACCCACGGCUGAACUUCCCCACUGUUCUCUGGAACCAUCAAAACUGCCAAGUCCAUCCAGUGUGGAGACCCAAACAUCAAUAAUGAUUGAUUCAAAUUUGAAAGACCUUGUCCACAAAUCCACAGCUAGUGCUCCGUGUUCUUCUCUACAAGCAGUAAAUUUGCUGAGCCUGUCCAACUUGCAAGCCCAAAUAUCAUCAUCAAAUGCAGAGACAGAAAAAUCAUUACCACCUGAAGUAAGGAUAUAUAAGCGCCGUCGAGUUACUGGGGACGUUAAUGAUGCUUUACCUCUUUCAGACAAGUCACGUACUUCGCUUGGUUCACUGGUUACAGCUAAGAUAAAUCCAUUGAGUAUUAUUGAGGAAUUGCUGCGGAGUCUUGGAGAUUGUAUUAAGACAUCAAGCAUGAUGGGUCUUCAGAAUCUCGAGAAGAUAUUAUUCUUGUAUGCUAACCUUUCUAGUGAGGUACCUGAUGAUGCCAAAACAGGUGAUUUUGAUCUUACGCCUCAAGUGGUAGCUUCUCGAAUAACCGAAGCAUUCAAAUCAAAUGGAUAUGAAAUGUUUAAUCCUCUUAAGUGCCCACAAGAACUGAAGUAUGAUGAUGAAAUUAAUUCUGCUACUGCGGUGAUUACCUCCGUUUUUUUCUUUGCGCAGAAGAAAAGGAUCAAAGAAAUGAUAUUAUUCUGGUCUAGAAAUGGUUAUUUAGUCGGACCACGGUUACUGUCUUAUGCCUCCAGACUCUUUUCCGAGGCCCAUAUUAGUUGCUUGAGGAAUUUAGUGAGGGAACAAAGUUCAGUGAAUAUGAAUAGCCCAGAAACAUCAUUACUGAAGCAUCAUAUAGAUAGUUAUAUUUCUUUCUCAAAAGCUGAAGGAAUAGAUCCUUCCAGUUCCAAAGUUUCUGCUUCGAAGUUGGAUGCUAAAUUGGUUAUAGAUUUGGUGGAGAGUACUUUUGCUUCUUACAGAAAUUUCAUUUCAUUGAUAGAUCGUUCACAGGGAAAAGAAGAUUCAUCUCUGUCUAAGCUCUUGCUUUCUGAUGUAUUGUCUUAUUCUGGGUGGAAGACGAAGAGAUUGACAACAGUACUGUGCAGUAUGUUUGCUUGUCUUUCCGACUUAUGCACCUCAAAGGAAGAGUUUGUGCUGUUUCUCUUGGAGAAGUUGGAUUAUGUAGAGCUUGUUACUAUACAGUUUCAGAUAUGUUUGAGGAGAUUCUCUGUUUUUGGAGAGGAUACCAAAUUAAUAUCCAAUUUAAUAAAAAACUCACUGAGUUGGGAAAUUGUGAAGCAGAAAAAACUCUGGGGUUUAUUGACAUCAGAGCUGGCAGGUUUAAAGGUUCAAGUGGAGAAAGUUGCUGCAGACUGUUUGGAUGUAUUUGAUCCAAGUGUGCAUUCCGUUGCUGUAGAGGGUCUUUUCGAUUUGUGUUGUCGUCUUGCACCAACUACUGAGCUUGUUGGUACGAUGAUUUCGCUACGGGGCAAUAGGUUUGGGGAUUUUGCUGCUGCGGUGUUAGCGAAUUGGGUUGUCUCUAAUGGCUCAAUGCUGUUCAAUAGCAUAGUCAUAUGCCUGGAAAAACUGCAUAACAAAGAUAUACAUUUGAUGGUUUCUGGUUCUAGUGUAAACAAAUAUACCAUUUUAGAGUUGUUAAAUUUUCUUGACAAACAAGAGAUGAAAAACUUGAAUUUUGUAAAUGAAAUGUCUGGCAGUAUCUCGGAGGUAAAAGCUAGAUUAAUGGACAUGGUAAUUGGCCAGCGUGACAGAUAAACUUGGUUUGACUCUUGAAUAUGGGCUUUUAACAGGUUCUGUACUUCUACAUGUAUUCAGAAUGGCCUGAUUCCCUUUGCUGCAUGCAACAGGGACUACACUGCUAGAAAUGCUCAGGAUUUUACGGUAUUUUGUGAAACUGAGAAAUUCAUCAGCGGUUUGACCAGGCUGAUGCUGGUCCUGCAAAUUGAGAUGACUGGUCAGGCUAAGUCUCUUUCAAGCUUCAGAUUUUCCAAGAUGGAAAUAUCCUCGUACGGCUUCCCUUUGUUGUUGUUUUCCCAUAAUCCACUGCCCUUUCACCAGCGAAAGCACCAAUGAUGAUGACGAUAUUGCUGGGGUUUUUUGUUAGUAAUUCAACCUUCAAUCGAAUCCAGGCUUAUUAUUCCUUCUUCUAGAUGUGCACUCUGCCAGCAAGAAGAUGAAUCUGAAAAAAAAUAAUGCAGGUCAGCAGCUACUUUCCUGGAAAAAUCUGGCAUAUCCUGUUGUUUGCAAUAGCUUGGUCCAUUCGGGGUGAGAGGUAUAGAAGGGUCAUGGCCAAGAAAUCUCUAAGUAGCACAAAAGUUCUAAUUGAUGAAGCGAAGAGUGCAAUUUUCCUUGGGAGUUCCUCAACUGAUUGGGUUCAGAACUGUUCAGGCAAACUGUAUUUAGGAGUGUUAUUCCAGUUUUAAUGUACUAGUGAAUUAGUCCAGUACUCUGUCCUGUGCUUGUAAUUCCAGUUUCUUAUUAUUAUACAGUAUGGCUUAUAGUUCUUGA